AUGUCGUCAUCGACGGCAUCGCCGGCGCCAUCAACGCCCGCCGCCGACGCGCCUGACGAACCGCAGACCGACGGCUCCAAGCUGCGAACCUUUAUGGGCAUUCUCAAAAAAUUCAUAGGCGUUUCUGACCUUGCCGCUGUUCGAUUCUCCCUGCCCUCGCAGCUUCUGGAGCCCACCCCCAACCUCGAAUACUGGACUUACCUCGAUGCCCCCAACGCCUUUAUAGCCAUUGGCACCUCGGAGGAACCCCUCGACCGCAUGCUUGAAGUCAUCCGCUUCUGGCUGACCAAGGACUUGAAAUAUGCCAAGGGCAAGCCUUGCAAGCCAUACAACUCCUGCCUGGGGGAGUUUUUCAGGUGUAACUGGGAAACCGAAGACAAUGCCCCGAGAAUCGAAACGGCCGAGCUCAGUGGCUGCGUGUCGGGAUCAGAGAAAGGUUCAUUGCGCAGCCUCAAAGUGCCACCCAAGAGCGACAAGAAUGAAUCGACCCUCUCCCUAUCCGUUCCCAAGCACGGCACCUCAACACCAGACAAGAAACCGGUUCGAAUCUCGUAUCUCACCGAACAGACUUCUCACCACCCGCCCGUGAGCGCCUUCCAUAUUACUUGCCUCGAGAGGGGCCUCACAGCUCGGGGCUUUGAUCAAAUCAGUGCCAAGUUCACAGGCACCUCGGUCAAGGUGCUCCCCGGUGAGCACAACAUGGGCAUCUUCAUCACGCUGGACAAGCACGGUGGCGAGACGUACCAGCUCACUCACCCGGCUGCACAUCUUGGCGGUCUCCUGCGAGGGUCACUCAGCGUUUCCGUCAGCGAAAUGGCCUACAUUACAUGCCCCGAGACCAAGCUCAAGUGUAUCCUUCACUAUGUGGAAGAGGGCUGGCUCGGCCGGACCACCAACAAGAUCGACGGUGUCGUAUUCCGGUAUGAUCCUGAAAACGACACAAAGAACCGUGUACAGGAUGUCCCCGACGAGGACAUUCUUGUUCGUUUGAGUGGUCCGUGGCGAGAAAAGGUGGUCUUCUCUCUGGGUCCCAAGCCAAUGAAAUCCGUGCCCCUAGAACACCGAUACACAAUCGUAGACAUCGCCCCUCUCCACGUCGCCUCCAAGAUCCUUCCUCCGCAAGAUCAGCAGCUCCCCCACGAAUCCCUCAACCUGUGGGGUGGCGUGACCAAGGCCAUCCACGCCAAGCAAUUCUCCAAAGCCACCGACCUCAAGGUCGAGCUCGAGGAAAAGCAACGCGAAAGGGCCCGCGAGCGCGAAAAGAACAAGGAGGCCUGGCGGCCCGUCUUCUUUGAACACGUCGUUGGCAACGGGGGGAAGCCAGACCUGACCGACAAGGGCAAGCAAGUGCUAGAGCGAGCGCAGAGGGGCGACUGGUCCAUGGACGGUAUUUUGUAA